AUGGAUCCAUUUAAUGUACUUUCAUCAUCAACACCACAAACUAAAUUAGAAUUAUUUAUAUCAUGUUCUAAUUUAAAAAAUAAAGAUAUUUUAAGUAAAUCAGAUCCAUUAGCAUUAGUUAAAUUAGGUGAAAAACAAUCUAUCAAUUCUACUACUAAUUCUACUACUACUACUUCAUCUACUUCAAAUAAUAUAUAUAAUUAUAUUGAAAUUGGUAGAACUGAAAUUCAAAAAAAUAAUUUAAAUCCUUCUUUUAUUAAAACAUUUAUAGUAAAUUAUAAAUUUGAAGAAAUUCAACCAAUUCAAUUUUUUAUUUAUGAUGUUGAUAAUGAAUCAUCUACUUUAAAUGAUGAUGAUUUUUUAGGUAAAUGUGAAUUAAAAAUAUCUGAUAUUGUUAGUAAACCUAAUUCUACUAUAAAUGUACCUUUAUUAGAUAAAUAUGGUAAUUCUCAAAAUGGUGGUACUAUUACUAUUAGAGCAGAAGAAAUAUCUAAAAUUAGAGAUUUUAAUUUAACUUUACAAAUAGAAGGUAAAAAUUUAGCUAAAAAAGAUUUAUUUGGAAAGAGUGAUCCAUUUUUUAUAAUUUCUAGAAAUGUAAAUGGAAAAUUAAUUGAUUUAUAUAAAUCUGAAAUUAUAAUGAAUAAUUUAAAUCCAAUAUUUAAUCCAUUUACAAUUUCAAUGUUUAAAUUAUGUAAUUUAGAUGAAAAUUUACAAUUAAUAUUAACUAUUUAUGAUUGGGAUAAACAUUCUGAUCCAGAUUUGAAAGUAACAGGUAAAAUACAAGUAAAAACAUUAUUAAUUGAACCAAAAGAAGAAGAAUAUACAUUUAUAGAUUAUUUAUCAGGUGGAUUAGAAGUUUCUUUAAUUGUUUCAAUUGAUUUUACUGCUUCAAAUGGAAAUCCAACUGAUCAAUCAUCUUUACAUUUUGGUGGUAAAUUUAAUGAAUAUGAAAUGGCAAUUAAAUCUAUUACUGAUAUUUUAUCUUAUUAUGAUAAUGAUAAAUUAUUUCCAUCAUUUGGAUUUGGUGCAAAAUUACCAACAGGUGAUAUUAGUCAUUGUUUUGCAUUAAAUGGUAAUCCAUCUAAUCCUAAUUGUGUAGGUGUAGAUGGUAUUUUACAAUCAUAUAGAUUAGCUUUAAAUACUGUUCAAUUAUAUGGACCAACUAAUUUUUCACCAACAAUUCAAACAGCUAUUGCCUAUGCAUCACAAUUAAGUGUUGAACAAUCUCAAAAUAAUCAAAAAUAUUUAAUAUUAUUAAUAUUAACAGAUGGUGAAAUUACAGAUUUACCAGAUACAAUUAAGGAAUUAGUUAAAGCAUCUAAAUAUCCAUUAAGUGUUGUUAUUGUUGGUGUUGGUUCUGCUGAUUUUUCACAAAUGCAUUUAUUAGAUGGUGAUGAUAAAAGAUUAUCAAACGGAAAUGAAAUUUCAAUUAGAGAUAUUGUACAAUUUGUACCAUUUCGUAAAUUUAAUUAUCAAAAUUAUCAUUUAUUAGCUAGAGAAACUUUAAUGGAAAUACCUUCUCAAGUUGUACAAUAUUUUAAAUCAAUGAAAAUUAAACCAAAUAAGAGAAAUUAA